GCGUUCUGUUUGUUGUGUAUUCUUUGGCGAGGGCAAAAUCUAAUGCGACGCCUCCUGUAACGUUGUCUAAUGUCACGGGAUAGCGGGAAAUUAUCCGGCACGAAAAUUACAACCGUUCUUCUUUGUACGACCACACGUCGUUAGACGUUAUUAUGGAAUGUUCGUCCUAGGUUGCGCCCGAAACAUCGCAAAGAAGCCAUUGAGCGGCAAGCUGGCCGAAUGCCUUUUUAGGGCAGCCGCCGGUACCGCACUUCGGCCAUCCGGUAAUAGGCCUGUAGCCCGAGGUAUUCACCGCUCAGAGCCCGACAGGAUGGAGAACCAAAAGGACGAUGCCAAGGACAUCACCGAGAAGGAAUGGAGGGACAAGCUGACACCCGAUCAGUUUUAUAUCUGUCGCCAAAGGGGUACGGAACCCGCUUAUAGGGGUAGAUGGGUCAACCACAAAGCUAAGGGAACUUACACGUGUGUUGCCUGUGGUGCAGAUUUAUUUAGCUCCGAGCACAAAUUUGUCUCCAACUGUGGAUGGCCCUCAUUCUUCAUGGCACUUGGAACGGUGGAUGGGGAUGAAUCUCCGUCGAACAUACUUAGAAAAGAAGACACCUCACAUGGUAUGACACGAACGGAAGUGUGUUGCAAAAAGUGCAACUCCCACCUGGGACACGUCUUCAACGACGGACCACUCCCGACGCGGCUCCGCUUUUGCAUCAACAGUAUUGCACUCAACUUCAGGCCAGCUCCAAAAUGAAUCUCUUCGAGCAGGCAUGGCAGCGCUAUAAAGAGAGUUCUUCUUAUUGUAAUAUUUUUUUAGGCCGACCCAAAGCGAUGUUUUGCUAAUGUUUGCUCGAAAACGCACAAAUCAGUUUGUGCUCAGAAUGAUUGUCCGGUUGUAUUCAGUCUUAUAUGCGUGUUCAUGUGCGAGUCAUUUGGUAGAUAGGCCCGGUGUAGAACAUAGGCACAUUUAAUUUACCAGUCUCCCCUCUGAUCUGGCGGCCUGGGCAUUUAUGCCUUAGGGCUGCUGUCAUUUUAUUUAUUAUGUCAGUUUUUCUGGCUGUCGGAGGGCUAGGCCCAGUGGCCGUUGUGAAGCAAGCUAGUGACCGUUUUAGGUUUCUGCAAAGCCCUGUGCAGUAUUUCUUUAGCCCAUAGCAGCACAUAGUGAUGUUUUUUGGCACAGUGUCGGUGUAUAGGAAGUCUCAGUUCGGUUUGGUGAUCUAUAUCCAGAGAUCCCCUUUUCUAGAGCAUCUUAAGGCUGUGGUUUUGUUGCACCUAAUCUAGAUGUACCGGUUUUCUUGCGGAUAUUUUUUAAACGGAGGCCAACAUGAUUUGGGAGCAGUCGCCCUGCAAGCAUUAUGUUUACUUUCAAGGUCAUGUCGGGCCAAAAUCUCGAUCACAAAAGGAUUAGCAAAUGCAGUACGAGUCAAUUUCAAAAUAACUAUGUGCUCACAAUAAAUUUCAGGGGCUUGUGUGCCAAACCAACAACUGCAUCUGGCGUGCCCCUGUACUGGGAAUUCCUUUAGAUGGCCUAGGGCUCUUUUAGCAUGGGAGCACCUUUUUGCCUUCUUUUGCUAAUAGACAGUUUUCUUGAAGAACUCUGUGCAUGCACUCAUGACAUUCACCUAUGCUCUCUUUCACUGUAUGAUGCACUGCAGUGGCCACCAUGAGCCAGGUUAGCCAAUCGACUGCUCCAUGGUGCCACGUGACGUCAAGUUCCAUAUGUCGCUCUGCUCAAUCAGAAGGUCCCGGACACCCUCUGAGCUAUGGAUUGGGUCCAGUGGCUCGUAGCAUCCGUUGCAGUCCAUCAUGAGGUGAAAUGGAGUAGAGAGGAAAAUUCCCACAAAUCGUUUGGUGAAAAGAGAAUCUGUUACCUUUGUGCUAUUCACCAUUGACCUCGAAGUGCAGUAACAUCCUCAUUUUGCUGUCAUUUCAUAUGAUCCAGAUAACCCUGUCCCGGCCUGUGUUCCAAAAGAUAAUAAUGCUUUUGGUCCAUAAGUGCCGUUAUCCUCUAUCCUCUAAAACAUUUCAUAUAUGUUAUCUUGAAGGGAUACUUCAACGAAAUUUGAGAUAUUCCCAUAGUGUUCAAAAAUAGGUUGAAUAUGAUCCACAAUAUCCGUAAAUGACAAUCGCACGUUUGUAUUUUGAGCCUGGUGGCUGUAUUUUUCGUUAUAAACGGCCCACUGUGGCAAGCGCUCGGAGAAGGCCCAGCGGAGACUACGUGACAUCCAACGCAAUUGUGACGUAGGUAGUCUCAGGACGAGCAAAGCUACGCCAAGGCUGACGUCGAGAGGAUGGCCUAGUCGUUCCAGCCACCUAAGCGGCUGCUUUUGUACGAAUUCUGGGUGACGGUUUAAUCUUCUGUUACCUUGUAGGGGGACAAUAGCGACUUCUGCGACACUCAAAAGGCAUUCUCGGGAAGAGGGGAGUUCCUCCUGCCCCUCCUCUCUCGUCGUGGCCGGAGGCGAGACAACCUCCGUCACUAGCUGUCAAGGUUCCUAGACGGGCAUUACAAGCGAGGCGUUAGCGACAUCCACCAGGUGCUCUUUGCUAAUCGUUUAAUUCGUUUUAAAAUUCCUCUUCGUGACUUUUUUAACAAGAUAUUGGUAUGCUCGAUGUGAUGCUGCUCCUUUGAACACAUAUAGACCAAGAAAUGAGCGCCGAAAUUUCGUUGUAGUAUCCCUUUAAAGCGUUUGCUGAUGUCUUAGGAAGCCAACAUAGUCAUUUUGUGUCGCUGUACUUCUUUCUCUGCUUCGCUCUAGAGUCUGAAGGAAUGUCUCCUGGCUCAAGCUUUUAUCUGUUCUACUGUAGAAUUUUGGUUCACACUAUUUCUUGGCAUUUUUUCUGUGAUUUUACGAUAUCAGCAUUAGGUGCCCCAAGGAGUAGCAGCAUCCUAGGAGGAAAAUUGGCACCCUAUUUUUAUGCAUUUGUUGCUGGCUGCUGUGUCUAUCUUGAUAGGUCCAUUAUCAGUUCAUAAUUGAUUGGUUAUUGAGAGCAAAUUGAAAUUUUGAUAUUUCUCCUUAUCUCGUUUAAUCUUUCUGUAUCAGCUUUUCUUUUUUCAACCUAUCAACAAGUGUAGAAGUAAUAUGGAUAGUGUAGUGGUUCUGCACUUACAUUUUCAUCUUUAUUUAAAAAAAAAAAAGAAGACAUGGAUUAUUACCAAAACCACAACCUUAAAAAGUAUGCAACAAAAUUUUUUUUUUUUUUUUACCAUAUGGAUGCGAUUUUGCAUGCUUCAAGUUCCUGCUUAACUUGUAGAGCUUGCCAAGGUAGUUGACAUUUUAUGCACUUUGUGCUGUUUUAUGUGUAAAAUCCUGUUUUACGAGUGGAAAAGCACAUUUCUAGGUCACCAAUCUCCUCUUUUUUUUUCUGUUAAUAAAUUAUUUUAUAUCCAUGUUGUAAUAUGCUGGCAAAAAAGUUUCAUACUACUAUUUAUCAAAUAAAGGAUUUUACCUGCU